CGCCAUGCACGGGAGGUUUACACACACACCAAUUUUUAUUUGUUUCAAGAAGAAUUUUGGAAUGGCUUAUGCUACUGUGGUAUCCAAGGGAUGGAAGCCUGUUGACGGUCAAACAAUGAUAGCCGUAAGAGAUAAUCGUGGUGCAAAAGGGAAGCUGUACAAUGUCCGUUAUAGUGAUCUGGCUGAAGAAGCUGCCACAUGCUCCUGCCAUUUUUUUGUGUCACAAGGAAUCCCUUGUAGGCAUAUUCUAUCAGUUUUGAAUGGGCAAGGGUUUAGAGAGCUGCCAAAGGUUUAUAUUUUCGAUAGAUGGACAAAAUAUGCAAAGAAAAGAGCUGUUGUUGAAGGCACGGUGCAUUUUGAUGAAAGAUUUAACACAACAAAGCUAAAGAAUCAAACUUUAUCUAAUAUCUGGUGCAAUUUUUACAACUGCAUGCUUCUAGCAGGGCGAGAUUAUGAGAAAAUGAAAGUGAUUUUAGAGAGUACGACUUCCCUUGAGCAUCAACUCACUGAUAUGGGGCCAACAGUUGGAAAUGAUAAAAGGAAAAACUUGGAAACUUAUUUUGGAUGCAAAGUGCCUGAUAGAGUUAAAAUCCAUCCUCCUACCAUUGGAGUCACGAAGGGAAGAAAAAGGAGGAUUAAGAGUGGUGUGGAGAAGGGUCAAGAAAAACAAAAGCACACUCGACGUUGUCGUUCAUGCAACAAAAUGACUACGCAUGACAGCCGUAAUUGUCCAUUGAAAAACAACAGCAAAAGCAGCAGUGAUGAAGAGUAACCAAUAUGCUCCCGUGGUUUAGCAGAUACGCUGUUAUUUAGGAUCCUGAAAGAGAUUACCUUGACAGGUAUCAUGUGCAAUCUAAUCUGAUUCCAAAUAUUCGUCAUUAUAUAUAAGUAAAGUAAUCAGGGUAUU